AUGAAGUUCCGGCCGCCAUGGCGCGACGACACAGUGCUCCCCGAGCGCGUCGUGCGCCAUCUGCGCCGCCGCGCCGCAGCACCUGUGGUCACAUGGCGGAGCAACUGCUCGCAGCCGCCAUUGUGUUGUCGGGCCGCGACGGCCACACACACAAUCGAGCGCCUUUGCCGCCUCGCUAAGCCGGAGCCGACCCGUCGUCGUCGCGACCUCGCUCAAGCGGCGUUCGUCCACGCCACGCCACCUCGAGUCCGCCUCCCGCCCACACGCCACGGCGUCUGCGCGUCAGCAAAUCUUUGCCGCAGCGCGACGCCGCUGCUUACGCGACGCCACGCCGCACACGCGGACUGUUUGGAGCUGAAAAUGAGUCAGGCGAAUACUACUCAGCUUGACCUUGAGAAAGGAUUUUCUCAAGUGUCUAAUGAUACUGAUUCGAGUAGCCCUGCAACUGUGCACAAGAUGAAAGCUGAGACAGAAGAUGGUGGAAGUGAAAUCGAAUCACCCACUCCAGAAAAACGUGAAUCUAGAAGCAAAGGGGUUGUUGUGAGUUCACUGGCCAGGAAUUUGCUUGCAGAGAGGUACAGAGACAGAUUUGCAAAUCAGCUGGUGGAAGAUGAGGGUGAGACAGAUGAAGAAGACUAUAAUGAAAGUGUUUCGCCUAGUGGUAGCCGAUCUCUUUUUUCAGAAAGCAUUGAACUUCUUGAGAAACACAAGGAUUUGCUGAAUCUUUUCAAUAGAAUGGAGAGUUCUAUAAGAUUGCUUCACCUACGGAAGAAGAUGGCUACAUUUAAUAAUAUUGCCACCCAGGUGGAGAUACUCACAAAAAGGAAGUUAUUAUACGGUCAUUUGGCCCAGAUGAAGCAUUUAUUCCCAGAGGCAAUCCAGAUAAAGAGGAUACUAGUACAUGAUGAGAAGAGUCUAUGCAUGUAUGCUGAUAUGGAAAUCACACUUGUAAUGGAUGUUGUGGAAUGCACAAGCCCUGACCAGUCUCCAUCCAUGACAAUUUGCGAGGCUUUUUACUCAAAGCUUUUGCAAUUUUUGGAUGCUCAUCAUAAGGGUGCAGACAUUCCUGAGGCAAUCCUACCGGAACCCUUUAAUUCAAGGCCAAGGGAGAAGUUAUAUCUUGAGGCAGUACAUAAUGGGCAUGCUGCUGAGCCACCUAUGCAGGGUGCCGCUGACGAGGAACUCUCAAAUGCUUCCCACUUCCCACAAUCUUUUCAAAAACUCAUGUCGCAGAAAAUCAUUGCUGAUGGAACUGAAAAGACUCAAUUGCUAUCUGAUCCAGCAGAGCUGAGCUCUGUGAGUGCUUAUGAUACAGAAGGGUCAGACAGAAACCCUAAAAAGCAAGAUGAACAUGCUCCAGUUCCAGUGAACUCUGAAAUUUCUGCUACUCCAAGCCGCCAUUUGAUCUCUUGUUGUCAAGAGAGUACACCAAAACAAGGGACCUCAGAGUCACCGUUGUUGUCCGGAACACCUGCAAUACAGACUCCAAAAAGGCCAUUGCCGACUCCACUUGAGAAACCCAAGGUCACAUGUGGACACAUUAGUGAACCACGUUCAGCCAGUUCUGCCUGCAGAUCACUAAAUACAUCGUUAAAAUUUGAAGGAGGAAGCCCUUCUUAUUAUGAUGGAAUGGAACAUACGACUACAGCUGAAAAGGGCAUAAUCUCAGAAGACUCAUCGAGUUUUAACAAGUCAUUUGAGGAAGAUAGUCCUGUCUUCUUUACUGAUAAAGACAAAAUCAAUGAAGUAGACUUAGUGGAUACUCAGGAAAGGAUGGCUUCGCUACAUACCACAUUUGACAUAGUCUGCGAUAUUUCUCGUUCUACCAAGAAUUCACUUAUCACGAAACAGGAACUUUUCCACAAUAUUCUUGCCAACAACUUGGAGAUAGAAGAGAUUGGGGAGAUAGAAGAACAGCUGCAUAUUUUAGAGGAUCUGGCUCCUGCUUUGAUAUCAAAGAAGGUGAUAAAUGGAGGAGAAAUACUUUAUAGCUGCCCUUUGGCAUCUGCUCUGUGA